UUUUUUUUUUUUUGUUAAUUAAACAAUGACUGAUCAAAUACCAAGUGACCAAUUAUAUACAUCUAUGCUUGAUUCUCAAGCUGUACCUGAACCUUAUCCUCCUUCUACUCCUGUUAAUAUGGAAAUGGAUCAAGAACAACCCACUUCUUAUCCCAAUAGAGUCGCGUUUGCCCCUGAUAAUAUUGUGAAAGUGAUCGAUCGAACUGCUAUGGUAGUCAUGCAAAGUUUUGAAAAAUUUAUUGAAAAGUAUCAAGACGAAAAUUCUUCUUAUUUGACAACUCAAUCAACUUGGAUCGGUUAUCCUUAUAUGAUGCAACUCGAACAACUUAAACUUACAGAUCUACAAACUAUUUAUAUUGAUUUCUCUCAUAUUCAAUCAAGUGAUGAAACUCUUGCUAAUGCUUUAUUGGAACAAUAUUAUAGAUUUACUCCUUAUAUUCGAAUGGCUAUUCAAAAUGUGGUUCGCAAACAUUUUCCUGAAUUUAUGUAUAUUAAUACUAAUUCAUCAAACUCUGUAGCUGGUGCUAUCCUUCGUGAAUUUACUGUAGCUUUUUACAAUAUGUCUCAGUUGGAACGUGUACGUGAACUUCGAACUGAUAAAAUUGGUCAAUUGAUUACUAUUAGUGGUACUGUUACUCGAACAACUGAAGUUAGACCUGAACUUCUUUAUGGCUCAUUUACUUGUCCUCAAUGUAAUGCUGUUGUUAAUGAUGUUGAACAACAAUUCAAAUACACUGAGCCUUCCAUGUGUCCUGGUAUUCAAUGUUUCAAUCGUCAACAAUGGAUUUUGAAUCUCGAAGAAUCAAAAUUUGUGGAUUGGCAAAAGGUUCGAAUUCAAGAAAAUCCAGAUGAAAUCCCUACUGGUAGUAUGCCCAGAAGUUUGGAUGUGAUUGUCCGAGGUGAAAUGGUGGAACGUGCAAAAGCUGGUGACAAAUGUAUUUUUACUGGAACUCCUAUUGUUAUUCCUGAUAUUACUGCCUUUAGAACACCAGGAACUUCCGUUGAGGCCCAACGUGAUACCAAUACUCGUUCUCGGGAAGGUUUGGCAAAUGAAGGUGUUACCGGUUUGAAAUCUUUAGGUGUUCGUGAUUUGACGUACAAACUCUCGUUUUUAUCUUGCAUGGUGCAACCAACAACUAUCCAUACGACUUCUGCUUCCAAUCUUCAUGCUGAUGAUUAUGAAGAAGAAGAUCAAACUAAAGUAUUACACGACCUUACUCCCAAAGAACUGGAUGAUCUUAAAUUAAUGCUUAAUACGGAAGAUGCGAUUUAUAGCAAAUUGGUCGGUAGUAUUGCUCCCAAUGUCUUUGGUCAUGAAACUGUGAAAAAGGGAAUCUUGUUACAGAUGAUGGGUGGUGUUCAUAAGCAAACUCCGGAAGGAAUGAAUCUUCGUGGUGAUAUUAAUGUCUGUGUAGUGGGUGAUCCUAGUACUAGCAAAAGUCAAUUCCUCAAGUACGUCUGUGAAAUCAUGCCUCGAUCUGUAUAUACAUCUGGAAAAGCCUCUAGUGCAGCUGGUUUGACUGCUUCUGUUGUCAAGGAUGAAGAAACUGGUGAAUUCUCUAUUGAAGCCGGUGCUCUUAUGCUUGCUGAUAAUGGUAUUUGUGCGAUUGAUGAAUUCGAUAAGAUGGAUAUUAAGGAUCAAGUUGCCAUUCACGAAGCUAUGGAACAACAAACCAUUACCAUUACAAAGGCUGGUAUUCAAGCCACUUUGAAUGCUCGAACAAGUAUACUGGCUGCUGCUAAUCCUGUGGGCGGUCGUUACAACAAAAAGUUGACAUUGAAGCAAAAUAUCAACAUGUCAGCACCCAUUAUGUCUCGAUUUGAUUUAUUCUUUGUGGUAUUAGAUGAUGGAAAUGAAGUGACUGAUUACAACAUUGCUCGUCAUAUUGUGAACGUACAUCGAUUGAAGGAUGAAUUCAUUCAACCCGAAUUUACUACUGAACAACUGCAAAACUAUAUCCGUUAUGCUCGUACUUACAAACCCAAGUUAACUGCUGAAGCUGCUCAAAAGUUGGCUAGUUGUUAUCGUGAUCUUCGUCAAGGUGAUUCUCAAGGCAUGAACAUGAAUUCUUAUCGUAUCACAGUGCGUCAACUGGAAAGUAUGAUUCGAUUAUCCGAAGCCAUUGCUAGAGUAUACUGCAGCGACAAGAUCAUUGAAUCAUAUGUGAUUGAAGCAUACAACCUGUUACAAAAGUCUAUUAUUCGAGUGGAACAAGAUGAUGUGGAUAUUGGAGGCGAUGAUGGACCUGAAGCUCUUGAUGGUGGAUUACAAGGAUUGCGUAUUCAUGACAAUGAUGAUCAACAAUCAAACCAAGAUGCCAUGGAUGUGAAUCAAGAAACUGAUCAACAAAAUUUCCGAAUUACUUAUGAAAAGUAUUGUCAAAUCCAAUCAAUGUUGGUACAUCAUCUUCGAGAAACUGAUCGAAAACUAGAGACGGGUGUGGCUCGAAGUGAACUUGUCAUGUGGUAUUUGGAAGCAAUGGAAGAUGAUUUGAAAACCGUGGAAGAUUAUACUCGGGAGCAAACCAUUGUGGAACGAGUCAUCAAUCGAUUAAUUAAAAAGGACCGAGUAUUGAUUGCCAUCAACGAAGGACGUGAAUAUCAAGAAGAUCAGCCCGAAGCAACUUCAACAGGAAACGAUGCAUCCUCUCAGGCGGAACCAUCCACAGCAAAUGAUCCUAUUAUCAUGUUACAUCCCAAUUAUGUAUUUGAAGAGGAUUAGAUUUAGAUUUUUUAUUUUAUUUUAUUUUAUUAUUAUUUGUAUAUAUACUUUUUAUCAGUUGACAACUUUUCAUUUUCUUUUUCUAUUUCUUUUAGCAU